AUGUGUUCUCCUAAACCAUGGUUGGAAAUCUUACCAACUGUCCUGCUAGGACUUAGAACACCCUUCAAACAAGACAUACAGUCCACACCGGCAAAAAUGUUUGUGAGUCCCGCGUAUUUGAAUUUGGGCCGUGAUCCAUGUCCUCUUCGCAACUGUCGAGUCGCUGAGGACAAUAAUAUCGUUGUUGAUGAUAAUGUUGAUCGCAGUGGGUGGAUUCAACGCAUGGAUCGUAUGAUAGAAUUACGUGAUAUUGUUAAUCAACGUACUCGACGAUCCUCCGAACGAUAUGCGGCGUAUUAUAACCGUAAAAGACGUAAUAUACUGUUUGAGAUAGGUGAUCAAGUCUAUAAACCUACUCACGUCUGUUCGAAAAAGAGUGAGCAGGUUGUGGGUAAAUUAGCACCACGCUAUGCGGGCCCAUUUGUCAUCUCGAAGGUAGUUACUCCAGUUAUUGUCGAAAUGGAGACCCCCGAGGGCAAAUAUAUUGGUCGUAGUCAUGUGAAAUUCUCAAAGCUAGUUAAACGAGCUGAGAACGUCCGUCAGAGGCAAGCCGACGCAAUCGCAUGGCUAAAUGUACUGUCAAUAACUACUACUUGA